CUUCUCUUACAAGACCGUUUCACUUUCUUCUUCUUCUUCUUCGUUUCCCCUUUUGUUUUCUCCGGCCAUGACCGCCGCCGCUCGUUCCGUCGAGAUCGUCAAGCAGUUCAUCUCCCUCCUCCGCCGUGGCUUCAACACCUCCAAAUGCAAAACAGCGGCGAAAAUGGCGGUGGCGAGGAUAAAGCUGCUGAGGAACAAGCGAGAGGCGGUGGUGAAGCAGAUGAGACGGGACAUUGCUCUGCUACUUCAGUCUGGUCAGGACGCCACCGCUCGUAUUCGGGUGGAACAUGUGAUCAGAGAACAGAAUGUUCUGGCGGCGAACGAGAUUAUUGAACUCUUCUGCGAGUUAAUUGUUUCUAGACUGUCAAUUAUAGCAAAACAAAGGGAAUGUCCGGCAGAUCUAAAAGAAGGGGUUGCUAGUUUGAUCUUUGCAACUCCCAGAUGCUCGGAAAUACCAGAACUUUCUGCUCUUAGGAAUGUUUUUGAGAAGAAAUAUGGGAAGGAUUUUGUCUCUGCUGCCACUGAUCUUAGGCCAAAUUGUGGAGUGAAUCGGCUGCUCAUUGACAAGCUCUCGGUUCGAACACCUACCGGUCAAGUGAAGCUUACAAUCAUGAAGGAGAUAGCUAAGGAGCACCAGAUUGAAUGGGACACAACAGAAUCUGAGAAAGAGCUGCUAAAGCCUCCUGAAGAACUUAUUGACGGGCCUCGGACGUUCGUUAGCGCUGCUAGUGUACCUGUGAAGCCUGUAGCAGCAAGCCAAUCUGCUGGAGAUAAUGCUCCAAUUGAAAGGCAAGGAGGGAAUAUCAACCAUUUGACAAACAGUAGAGAGGAUGAAAGUAUGCACUUUCAAGAUACAGCAUCAGCUGCAGAAGCUGCUGCAAAAGCAGCCAAGCAAGCGAUUGCUGCUGCACAGGCAGCUGCCUAUUUGGCUAACAAAGACUCGAAUCGAGAUGUUCGAGACUCGGGGUUAGAUCUUGGAUUUGGAGGCCCUCAGAGCUUAGGCAGGUGCCGCUCUCUGAAGAAUGAGGAGGCCAGGAAUAACACAGAUCAUGAGAUGGCUUACAGGAGAUAUAGCUAUAAUCCUACAGAUAUAAAGUUUGACGAAUCGGAUUGUGAAGAAGAAACUCGAAUGGACAAUGAAGAUGGCGGAGGUGUUCAUCGACCUCCUGAUCGGAAUCCUCCACCAGUACCUUUGUCUCGUGUUCACCCCAAACUGCCUGAUUAUGACACACUUGCUGCUCGCUUUGAAGCUCUCAAGCACAGUAGAACUUGAUGAGAGCGAGCUUCAUUGAGUUGCAUUCAAAUAAACCAGGAGUUUCAGAUUCAUUUGUUAGUUGUUACACUACCUAAUAUCAUCAAAUACUGUAUAAAGAUCAGAGAAUACAAUUUGUUUUUGUUAUUUUUUGGAAGAUCAGAAAGCAUUAUAUGUAGAACAUCUGUUGUAUCCUGAUUUGUUUUGAAGUUCAAGUACGUUAUUUGAUA